AUGCUCGCGGUGGCGCACCUCGUCUGGGAAUACGGCUUCAGCAUCGGUCCUGCCGUGGGGCCCUCGAUGCUGCCGACUUUCGAGGUGAUGAACGAGCUGGUCCUGGUCUCGAAGCUACACCGUAACGGGCGUGGUGUGAAGGUCGGCGACCUGGUCGUCUACAAGAUCCCCAUCUUCCCGGACAGCGACGGCAUCAAGCGCGUCAUCGGCAUGCCGGGAGACUACGUCAUGAUUGACACGCCGGGCAGCGAGAGCGAGUCGAUGAUACAGGUCCCUCCUGGUCACUGCUGGGUCGUGGGAGAUAAUCUACCUGCCUCCCGGGACUCCCGGAUAUUUGGGCCUGUGCCCAUGGCUCUGGUCAGAGGCAAAGUCAUUGCCAAGCUAUGGCCCUUAUGGAAGUCCCAAUUCAUCAAGAAUCCUCUUCAGCCUCCUCAGGAGUGA